AAAACAAUUACAGGGUUUCACCCUCGAGACCAUAUCGUAUAUUGAUUUUGUUCUGGAAUCAUACAAUGGCACCGAAAAAGAGAGGCUCGAGUAAGAAAUCAGCUAAAGUAAAAACUCCCACACUGAUCAAUGGACUUACUAAGGAGGAACUGACCAAAGAACAGAUGGUGGAGCACAUCAUGCUCCUUCGGGACGAGCUCGACCGAGAGAGGGAGGAGAGAAACUACUUUCAGCUGGAGAGAGAUCAGGUCCAAAACAUUUGGGAGGUCACCAGACGAAAGUUGGAAAACCACAAGGCUGAAUUGAAAAAUCUGGAAAAAGAAAUAGAAGACAAUGAGCAGCGCCAUCAGGUGGAAAUCAAGGUGUAUAAGCAGAAGGUGAAACACCUGCACUGUGAACAUCAGAACACCAUGUCUGAGCUGAAAGCUGACGCUCAAAGGUCCCUGGAGGAGAAGCAGAGCCAGCAGCAGAAACUGGAGAUGGAGCUUCUGGAAAAAAUGUCUGCCAUCAAAAUAAACAAGCCGGAGCUCGACAUCGAAAAUCUUGUGAAUCAGUUAAUAAAGAAACACAAUGAAGACAUGAAUGAAACCAGAAAGAAGAGUGAGAAACAACUGGAAGAAACUUCGCUAAGUUACAAGAGCAAACUGGAAGACCUUCGACAGGAGCUCAGCAUCAAGAGGAUGACUCAAACCAGUGAAAGGCAGGAUCACUGGAACAGUCUGACGGACGCCGUCGUCGCUGAGCACAUGACAAUAUUUGACACGGCAGUGGCUCAACUCAACGACACAGUGCAAAGCAGUCUGGAUGAGAAGGACUCACUGAAGAAACAACUGGAAUCGGAGAACUCGAAGGUGAAGGAGAUGACCAGAGAGCUGCGAGUCGUUCUACAGGACACUGAUCGAGUCAGUCAAUCACUUGCAACAGCAGCAAAGGAAACUACCAGAGUGGAGCGGAAGAUCAAAUACCCCAUCAAGGCAAAGAAUCCCAAUGAGAAGUUGAGAGAACGGCAGCUGGCAGAAGACAAACGUGAUCUGGAAGAGCUGCAGCAGAAGUUUGACAAGGUUCAACAGGAAAGAGACCAACUGUAUCAGACUUUCAGCGAGCAUGUUGAGAAGGUGCAGCAGAGAGCAGACAUGAAGAGCCUUGAGUUGGAGAAGCAAGUGAGAUCGGUGAUGGACAGACUGGAGCCUAAAAAGAAAGGCUCAAACAAAAAGCUUCCAAAGGUGAAGACUCCGACCCUGCGAGAUGCUCUCACAGAAGAGGAGCUGGCCAGAGAGCGAGAGAUGAUGGCGCCUAUUUUGAAGCUCCGGGAGGAGCUGGACAAAGAGAAGGAACAGAAAAACUACUGUCAGCUGGAGAGGGAUCAUGUUCAGACCUUUUGGGAGGUAUCACAAAGAGAGCUCAACAAUUACAAGGCCGAGUUGAAAAACCUGGAGAAAGAAAUCGAAGAAAAGGAGCAGCACCACUGCUACGAGAUCAAGGCACACAAGGAGAGGGUGAAACACCUCCUGUGUGAACAACAGGACAACAUCGCCAAGCUGGACACUGACGCGCGACGGUCCAUGGAGGAGAUGCAGAAGCAGCAGGAAGAGUUGGAGAACGAACUCCAAGAGAAGAUGGCAGAUAUCCAGAUGAACAUGCCGCAACAUGACAUUGAAAACAUUGUCAAUGAGCUGGAAAUGAAACACGAUGAAGAAAUGACAGACACCAGAAACAGGUGGGAGAGGCAGCUAACAGAAAUUAUGACCAAGUAUGAAAACAAGUUGGAGGAGCUUCAGCAAGAGCUGCACAUGAAGAGCAUGACUGAGAUCAGUGAGCGGGAGGAUCACUGGAACAGCCUCAUCAACGCCAUCAUCACUGACCACAGGAAGAUGUUUGAUGAUGUCGUCACACAACUCAAUAACUCUGUGCAACAUAACCUGGAGCUGAAGGAGUCACCGAUGAAACAAAUUAAGUCAGAAAACUGGAGGGUGAAGCAGAUGAGCAAGGAGCUGCGAUCCAUCCUACAGGAUAACAAAAAUCUCAACGAGUCGCUCUCCAAAAUAAAGGAUGAAACAGAAAAGAUUGAGAGGAAACUUAAAUUUCCAAUGAAGGCAAAGAAUCCCAACGAGAAGAUCAAGGAAAGACGACUAGUGGAGGAAAGGCGAGACCUCGAGAUCCUGCAGGUGAAGUUCAAAAAGCUGACUCUGGAGAAGGACCAACUGUACGAGGUUUUCACCGACAAUAUUGAGAAGGUGCAGAAGAAAACGGACUUGAAGAGCCUUCAGUUGGAAGAGGAACUGAGGACCCUGACAGAGAAGUUAGACAUCACACAGACGCAGCUGCUGACUGUACUGUCCGCCUCACACAGGGACCCUGUCUUUGUCGACAUUAUUCAGAAAAUUGAGAGCUUCGAUAAAACAGUAAUGGAAUUAGGAGGGCAAAGAAAUAAAAUAUCAAAGGCACAGCAGGAGUUACGCCUUUUCUCUGAGAAAACAGCCAAUGCACCUGAAGAGCUUGUCAGUGCAGAGCCCUCUUGAUGCUGCUAUUGUGAAGAAAAUGACUUCAUGCCUGACACAGGUUGCACUUAUUCAGGAUGUGAUGACUAGAAAA